UCAAGCACCCAGGCAUGCAGACCGCUUCUACAAACAUUUAUGAAAGAAUGGUUUGCUCUCAGGAGCUCAGUGAAUUCAAGCAUGGUACAGUGAUGGGUUGCCAUCUGUGCAAUAAGUCCAUCCAUGAAAUUUCCUUGCUACUAAAUAUUCCAUGGUCAACUGUUAGUGGUAUUAUAGCAAAGUGGAAGCAACUGGGAACAACAGCAACUCAGCCACGAAGUGGUAGACCACGUAAAAUGACAGAGCGGGGUCAGCGCAUGCUGAAGCACACAGUGCGCAGAGGUCGCCAACUGUCUGCAGAGUCAGUAGCUAAAGACGUCCAAACAUCAUGUGGCCUUCAGAUUAGCACAACAACAGUGCACAGAGAGCUUCAUGGAAUGGGUUUCCAUUGCCGAGCAGCUGCAUCCAAGCCUUACAUCACUAAGUGCAAUGCAAAACAUUGCCACUACUUGACUCUAGAGCAGUGGAGACAUGUUUUCAGAGAGAACAGUGCUUGCCUGACUGCAUUGUGCCAAGUGUAAAGUUU